AUGAGUUCAUAUUCCGUGGGAAUAGUUUGCGGCGGGGCGCAGCCGGGAUGGCCUGUUAAUUGCCCGCUGUCGGGCUGGCCACGCCACGGCCCCAGAAUUUCUGGCCGCCAGAGCCGCAAACGCGACCCGGCGCGCCGGCCCACUGGAGCGCACUGUGUCCAGCCAGCCGGCAGUCGGCCCGGCCGCGCCCUGCCCGCGGCGGGCCGCGCCUCACUGGGUGCGGGCGCCCGCCUUCCCGCCCGCCCACGACCGCCCCCGCUCGCCCCCGCCCAACGCAGCUCGCCAUCGCCCGCCUCCGCUCGCCUCUGCCCGCCUCCACCCGCUCUCUCUCACCACACGCCCUUCCUGCCCUGCUGCCGCAGGCCUUUACCUAUGUCCUGUGACGCACGGCUGUCGAUAUGGCGCUAA